AUGUGGGGCGUCGACAUUGAAGAGGAUACUUCCAUUGUUUAUGCGAUCUUUGGCAUCCAAUACCCUGGAGUUGAGCUUGUAGAGCCUCAGUUAUCCCUAACCGAGACCUUCAACAAGCUCAUCGACAACCACCCACCCUAUAUCGAUCGACUCACCCAAGAUGCCCCAAAAGGUCAUUCAACCAGGAUCUGGCUAGCGUAUUGGCCAUCAGUAGAUGCCUAUAACAUCUGGUGGACGAGCCCCCAGAUUACUGAAUUCUGGGGCUCCCUAGCAGCAGACGCGGGAAUGUGGCGCGAAAUCUUAGCUGUGCCAGGACGACGGACCCAGUUUGGCACUAACAACACAACCAUAAACGGCCUUUCUUCUGUGGCCAAAUUGGUGCCCUAUUCCGACAAGACUGGAUACUGGGGCUGCUAUCGAGACCGUCUUAAGGAGGCAACGCCCCAAGAAAGGUUGAAAACCCCCCUUGAAGAAUUUCCGGCCCAGAAGUCAGACCUUGGAGAUGGCAUUCGCCUCGGGAGGACGAAAAUAACUGGGUUCCCAGACAACCUGUGCUUUGUUCUAGAGGGACAGGAUCAUACGCGUAUUACGGACAAUGAGAAGGCUCAUUGGUUUGAGAAUUUUGACGGCCUGGUAACGAAUUGGAUCGGCGACUUAACAAAGACUGGAGCGUCUACUGGAAUCCUAGACACAAGGGUAUGCUAUUCGGAGUCGUCUGGGGUGUACCGCUCGGCCGAACCCGCUGCACUCAACUUCAACAGAAAGAUUCAAUUAUUCUAUUUCCUGGAUCUGAGGUACAUGGAAAAGAUUGGACGGGUGAACAAGGGCCAUGUUAAGCUACGCGAGAGCUUCAUGCAGUCGUAUUGUCCAGCUGGGCCCAUGGGCAGCGGGUUGUUGACUUUGUGGGUAGAGACAAGCGUCUUGAAGGGGAACGAGAUGCAAGCAGAGUAUGUGGGGUGUGUUGAAGGGACCGGUUUUAUGGCAUAUGAAGGGAGUGGAGCUUUUGACUGCGUCAAUGACGUUUGA